UUCUGUUUGAAGAUCUAUAAAUAAGGUUCAAGAUAUAUAAAUAAGGGUCAGGUUAUAGAGUGGAAUCUACUAAGGAAACUGUAUUGUACUUUGAUAAGGAUGUGUGUGCAUUGUGUUGUAAACUUCUUGCAGGUUUUAGAUUAAUAGGUUGCAGUUACAUUGAGGAAUUUCAGAGUUAUUUUAUGCAUUACAUCAGGGAAGGGUAGGUCAAGUUCAGUGAAUGUGUGAACAAUAAUUUGUCUCUAUCAGGAGUCCACAGGUGGCAGAUUGAGGACAGGUAUGGUCUGACAGUAAACUGUCUUGUCUUCUUCAAAGUCCCAUAUGUGAGAUGUGUUUUUUUUAUACCUAGAGAAGAUCCCAUUUUUCUGUACUUUUUUCAUCUUUUGGGGUUUUGGUUCUCUCUUGGACUUCUUUGACUGAAAAGACACAGGAUUCAUUCAAUAAGAGGUGUGGCUGAUAAACUGUUUCAAGUCAUGUGUGCCAAAUAUGCAUAAAAUAUUACUUGGAAGUUGUAGAAAAAUUCGUAGUAUGUGAAGACAGAUAUUUGAACUGUAGAAUGGUGUUGCUUAGUGGUACACUAAAGGGGAUGCACUAAUUUGAUGGUCACAAUCUUCGCUUAAACUCAUGCUUAAUUUUAAUAAAAACUCCAUGUUUUUAUUAAAGUUCUGGAGAAAGGAGAGGACAAGACUAUGAAUGUGUAACAUCACUGUACAGUUCAGUAUUUUAAAAACAAACCUUGAGAUAUAAGAGGUGGCCUCAGAUGUUUCUAAAAGCUUGCUUUUUUUGUUUAAGACACAAAAUUCAUGUUUUUUGCUUAAGGCUGUUGGGUCCUUAGAAAGCACUUCAGAGAUCAAACUUUCCUGGUUUGCAUUUUCAAUUACUUUUCAGCUGAGAAAUGGGAGGUGCAAACUCGGCCUGAAAUUUUUUAAGGAGCCAUAAUCCAAUUUCUUACGAGGUUGGGAAGAUUUAGUGUAAAUAUUUUCUGGAAUCCUGUUUUGCAAUGCUUAUAGUCCUAGGGUAUGUCACUGCAUUUUGAGGUGCUCUGUGUAAAGCUUACAUGAUGAUGUAUGGUGAAGUAAUAUAUAUAUAUCUUACUGGGCACAGAGUGAGUGUAUAACUGGAAGGGUGGAGGCGGUUCCUGUACAGGUAAUGUACUGAUGGGAUUUUGCUGCCAGCAUAAUGAACAGAAGCCUGUUCAGAGUCCAGGAUGAUGCCAAGGAUGUGUACAGUGCCAUUAGCAGUUUGGAGUGGAAUGGAGAGAUUGUCAUUCUGGACUUUAAGCUUUCCCUGUUUAAGAAAAGCUGUUAUAUUUAAGGUACAUAAGUGCAGUAAAUGAAAAACCAGUUCAUGUUGUCAAAAUGAAGAGGCUGAAGGGUAACUGAAAAUGUAUGGAUGUUUAUUAUGCAAGUGGUAGAUUGAUCUGUAGUUUAAACAGGCAGAGAAAUUAUGAAGACAGUGAAUUAUUUCCCUGUAGCUUAUUGCUUAUGGUAAAUCUCAUUGUGAAGAAUGCCAUUCAAUUUAGCAGGGUAUUGAUGGACUGUAAACUUUUUAAUAUCAAUGAUACUUAGAAUGUUGUGCCCAUCUUAGCUGAGGGGAGGAACUGCAUUGAUAAGUAGCCUUUAGAAACAUCAUGGUAGUAUUUCUCUUAAGGUCUUAAAAUUCUAAAUGUUUUCAGAACUUCCAUCUUCAAACUGAUGCUUCAGUUUAGUGCUUUUAUGAUGCUUUCAUUUGUGUGCUCAUUGUUACGUAUUUGCUUACUGGAUAAUGUAUGCUCAAAGUCAAUAGCUCUCAAACUGUUUGUUUCCCCUUGCUUCUCUGUAGACAUCUUUGCAUCUUUAUUGUGUGUCUGUUGUGUACAUCUUUGAAUGUUUGCAUCUGAUCUCUUUACUGAUAGAGAGGAAAAGUAGCUUUUUCAGCCAAUAUGUUUUGGUAGUCCAAACUCCUUCCUACCUAGAAUACUUUUUGCUGUGAUGACUUUUCAAUUUAUUUUUCUUUAUGGUAUGCACAUUUUUGAAAUAAUAAUUAAAUCUCUCAUUUGACCUAAUUGAUGAUAUAAACAGAGGUUCCUUUUUUCCAUUCAAGCUACUCUACGAGACUACUUUUUCCCUACUGUGAUAUUCCUAUUAAUGUUGCAUUCAACUACUUGUAAUCUUGUUUGGACUGAAACAGCUUCCCACUCUGAGGUAUGAUCAGUUGUGUUCAUUUCCUAUGCUGUCACACGUUUCCUUGAAGUGCUUCACUGUCCCAUAUGGAGUGUUGUCAAAAAGCAAAACUUUCUAUGAGUAGAAAAAUAAGAGAUUUCAACAUUUCCACGUGAAAGCCCUACCACAGCUUUGGGAACUGUGCGUGUGGCUUUUACUGUGAUGAACAGACAAAGGAAGAACUGUAACUUCUUUGAACUGUUUUUCAGAUAACUCUCAAAAUGUAGCAGGAGAUUCAAAAUGCAAGAGGCAGUCUUCUCUCUUGCAGUUUCUUGCUUGCUUUUGUUCACUCACUGCAGAUUCUUUGAAGUCAGGAACAUCUCCAGUAAUGACUUAAAUUUUGUCUCUUCCUGUUAUAAAGUGCUAAACUUUUGCUUAAUUUGGCUUCUGAGUAAUUCAGACUCUAGUAUAGUGCCUGUUCUUAAGUAUUGCUCUUCAUUAACUAUUUUAAGAAGAAUGAUUAUUAUUUUUUUUCUUUACAAAUUUAAUUUUGGUAAAUGGGAUUGUGGCAUAUGUAAUUCAGUUGGUGAAACUACAGUUGGAAUAGCACAGAUUCAGAGGUUCUACAAAGUCUUGAAAGGGAUUAAUUUUGUGGUUUUAGAAAAACCUCAUGUUUAAAUUCAAAUGAUUAUUUAAUCUACACUGGCUGUUAGUUCUAGAUAUUUGUGGCUACUGAAUGUAGAUUAAGUUGUUUUUAUACUUUUUAAAUAGAAAUCAAAGACAAUCAAAGAUCCUUCUGCAAAUAGAAAGCAGGAAACUACAUUUUGUACAGACAAGGUCAUUGCUGACUACUUGUUUGGAAAAGAGCAGUAUAGGCUUGUAUUUAAAGAGCUUUUCAGCUGUAUCAGUUGAUGUAGGACUCUCAUCAGCUGAGUUUUUGCCUUUUCAGUCAUCUGAAAUUGCUUUAUCCCUGAUACUGCGUGUACAAUUUUGGCAGGAACUUCUGGCUUUCUUGUAAUAGCCUUUUCUUAAUAAUCUCUGCUUUCUAGUGGCAGUUUUUUCCUGCGUUGAUAUUUAGGGUUCUUAGAUUUUUGUAAGAGUACAAAUUUUUUUUCCAGAGCUGCAGCAGAUAUUAGAAUGAAAUUUAUUCCACACCCUGCGUUUGAAUUUAAUACUGGGAUGGUCAUAUCCUAAUAAAUGUAGCUGCCACUCUGGACUAACUAAUCAGAUUUUCUAAGCCAUUAAAUCAAGUCUACAGUUGCAAGACUUUUUGCUCUGUGUAGUCAAGCUGGUGGAAUUGACUGUUUAGCCACAGUUCAUAUCAACAAAAGUAGUUUUUAUAGUAUAGUUGUUCUAGUCUUUGUUUCUUCCUCUUUAUUUCUUCCCACACAGGCAUAAUCAGCUAUAGAGGCAAAACUGGUUUUGUGUUAAACAGCAACACACAGCAAAACAAAACCCGUGGAAUAAACCACCUAAGAAGCUUCCAUGUGAAUUCCAUUCCUAGCUUCAGUCAUUCCAGGAGAAGGUGGUGGUUAAAGGUUUGUGUUAAUGUGGAAGUGGAUCUUACAGCGUAAUGUAAAUAAAACAAGCAAAGGAAAAAAGGAUGUCCAAAGUGGUCUUCCUGGAUUUCGAUAAAGGACCAUUGCAGGAAGACAUGGAUAUUAGUUGUGAGUUAUAACAACUUAAUUCAAAGAAUCUAGGUAAUAACUCCUUUUAACUGAGUUCCAUUCAAAAUGCAAAUUAGUAACUGAAACUAUGUGAUUGCUGGAAUCAAAUCCCACAAAAAAUCAAAGUGAGUAGUAUUCUUUAAGGGUAAAAUAUGUGAUUUCUGUAAAAUAUAGAUGUCCUGACUCCUAGAUGAAUGUUUUAAUGCCUUAUGCUCACUCUGUUCUGAGGACCUGUAUAAAAACUGAAUGCCAGGGUAGACUGAAGUUUACAUUUCUCUUGGUCACACGUUGAUUUUCAUGUGUAGGCAGCUCCUUUGUGCUCACUAAGCAUUGAAUAGAUGAUUUGAUGUAUGAGUAAGAGCCACUUGUAGAAAGGCCACCCACGGGGAAUUAACAUGCAGUAGUUCUCCGUACUGGAAGAUAUUGUUAGUGUCAUGCUCUGGAUUCAACACGGUGACUUCAUCUGGUAGGUAGAUCCUAAUGAAAUGUUUUGUUCUUACAGUAUUUUUCCCCCACCUUUGAUAAGAUGUUGAUUAAUUUGCCUAUUAUUUAAAAUAGCCUUAUAAGCAGAUGGGAUUUAUUUGUUUUAAAGCAAGGAGAGUCCUUUUUUAAGAAGGGAAUAGGAAGGCAUCUAUUUUCCUCAGUGAGUUUGAUCCUUUGCUGUGUCUCUGUCACUGAUCAGAUGCUCAAAAUCAGCUUCAUUGUGUUUUUCCCUUCUGCAGGCUUCCAUGUAGCAUGAGGUCAGUUGUAUGGAAGAACUUCAAAAAAAGUGCUGCCUUGAGAAAUAUAAAGACUGUUUUAGUUUCCUAAAUAUAAAUAUACUUAAUGGACAGACCAGCAAUAUGGGUGAUUUAGAGACAAAUACUGAAGUCACUGGUGCUAAAGAAGAAGAAAUCCUGUGUGAUGAUAAUUUUGUAUCUGAGGAAGAAGGUGGCAUUCCCAAACCAGAAGAGAGUGACACGUCAUUUCAGAACAACACAUUGACUCUGACUGAGGAGCUAUCAAGGGACAGAUCUGAAAAAGCCUUAAGUGGAGGCCAGGCUUCUCUAUUUAUACACACUGGUGCUCCUACUGUUUCUAGUGAAGACUUUAUGUUGUCUAGAGGAACUGCUGUUAAUGGACCAGUUUCACACUCCACCUCAACAAAGACUUCCAUUAUGAAUAAAGGCAGCGUUUCACUAACCACUGGACAGCCUGGGGGUCAUCUUGCAGAUUCCUGCUCAACUUUGACAGUGGUUCAUGAUCUUCAGCCAGCCAAGAGUACAACACAGAAAUCCAAUCAGCACCAAGUUUUAUUUUUGUUACCUGAUGUAGCACAUGCUAAGAACCUGACUCAUUCCAUUAAAAAUCUACCUACCUCUGCUUCAAUUGGUUGUGAUUCACAGCAAACAGUAGGAAAUAGUGUAGAUAGCACUUUAGUAGACCAAGUAGAAGUUUGUGAGGAUGAUAAAAAUUUACUAGUAAAAGAUGAUUGUGUCGAUACAUUAACAAGCAUUUCCUCAGGUACAGGUGGCUUCAGAUCGGGAUGUGAUCCCAGCUGGGAUCCACAGAAAGAGUUUAUACAGUUUCUUAUGACUAAUGAAGAAACAGUAGAGAAGUCUCCCAUUCACUGUAAGGUAGGGCUAGAAAAGAAGCGAAAAAGGAAAAUGGACGUUAGUAAAAUAACACGCUAUACCGAAGACUGUUUUGAUGAUACCAGUUGUAUUCCUAGUAAAUCAAAACUAUUAAAUGUUGAAUUCUUAGAGCAGAAUGAGGAGCUACAAAUAGUAGAGCCACAGAAAUAUUCUUUGAGUAAAGUAAAGCCUGAAUCUACAGAUGAAGAGCUGGAAACUGUUGAUGGUAUCCAGCAGCUCAUUUAUAGUCCCACUAGUAACUGUGCAGAAGAUACUUCUCCUGUUCACACUAGCACUUUUCUAUCCAAUACUUUGAAAAACAAAUGUGAAGAGAAUGAUUCUGAACCACCAUCUACUUUCAGUACUGAUGAACCAUCAUUUUAUCCCUGUACAAAGUGCAAUGUGAAUUUUAGAGAGAAGAAACAUCUGCAUAGGCAUAUGAUGUACCAUUUAGAUGGGAACAGUCAUUUCCGGCAUCUCAAUGUCCCCAGGCCCUAUGCAUGUAGGGAAUGUGGAAGGACAUUUCGAGAUCGUAAUUCACUUCUUAAACAUAUGAUAAUCCACCAGGAAAGAAGGCAGAAACUGAUGGAAGAAAUCCGUGAGCUGAAAGAGCUUCAGGAUGAGGGUAGGAGUGCACGGUUACAAUGCCCACAGUGUGUAUUUGGUACCAAUUGUCCCAAAACGUUUGUGCAGCAUGCAAAGACCCAUGAAAAAGAUAAAAGAUAUUACUGUUGUGAGGAAUGCAAUUUCAUGGCUGUGACAGAAAAUGAACUGGAGUGCCAUCGAGGGAUCGCUCAUGGAGCAGUAGUCAAAUGUUCCAUUAUUGGUAGCGACUUGUCCCAGAGAAAAAGUCAGAAAAAGGCAUCCUUGAAAGAUCCUUAUUUAGGAUCCUCAAGAAAGUCAUCUACGUAUAUGUGUAAGCUGUGUCCAUUUGCUACUUCAGCUAGAAGCAUUUUAAAAAAACACAUGGCAUAUUUGCAUUCAGCAUCAUGCCUUGAUCCCUUUGGUAGCCAUCUUAGACUAGAGAAAAGAAAAGGCAGUUUAAUAGAAGAAUCUUUAGAUUUUCGUAGCAGGACAAAGCAGUUGAUCAAACAUUCUUCUACUUUUCCAAAGAACUCUGCUUUAAAACAGGAUGUAAAAAGAUCAUUUGGCUCUACUUCACAAUCCAGUAACUUCGCAAAACUUCACAAGAGACCCUACAGGAUACAGAAGGCUCGGAAAAGCGUUUCACAGUCAUCUGUAAGUGUGUGCAAUCUAAAUUCUACAAACAAGAACUUUUUUAUUAGAAAUAGCAUUGACCAAAAACGUAAAUGUUUUCGUCAAGCAGCAAAGCAGAAAGCUAGUGCCAAAAAAAGUAAUUAUUUGUAUAGACACAAAUAUGAAAACUACAGGAUUAUUAAAAAAUCUAGUGACUCUUACCCUUUGCAUUUAAAAAAGGAAGAGUCCAAAUCUGUCAAUGCUUUACAUUUAUUUUCUUCAUCAAGUAAUAAUUGUUUUGUCAUGGAUUCAAAUAGCCUUGAUUGCAAAAGGGCAGAAGGCUGUAAAGAUCAUAGGCAUGUAGCUGUAAAGAGAGUGGUUAAAGAAUCCAAGAGGGAAGGCUCUGUUACAGGAGAUGAUUUGGAUUGCUAUCCAGAUUUUCUGCAUAAAAUGACUGUUGUUGUUUUACAGAAACUAAACUCUGCUGAAAAAAAAGACAGCUAUGAAACGGAGGAUGAAAGUUCAUGGGAUAAUGUUGAACUAUGUGAUUACACUACACAGUCUGUGGAGGAUGAAUCUUACAGUGAUAUUAAUCAGGAGCAUGUAAACCUAUUCCCCAUAUUCAAAGGUAAAAUGGAAGAUAAUGAAGCUGGUGAUAAAUCUUCACUUGGUUAUGAGCAGAAUGAUGGCUUUUAUUUUGAGUAUUACGAAGAUGCUGAGGGUAGUAACUUCUUGCAUGACUUGCAUGAUCCUCAGAAUUUAGAAAAUGUAGGAUCAGCAUUGCCAAAGCAUAAUUCAGUUUUCCACUGGACUGAUUUGUCGCUUGAAAAGAAAUCGUGCCCAUACUGUCCAGCAACCUUUGAAACAGGUGUUGGCUUGUCCAAUCAUGUCAGAGGACAUCUUCACAGAGCUGGACUAAGCUAUGAAGCCCGUCACGUUGUUUCACCAGAACAGAUAGCAACAAGUGACAAAAUGCAGCAUUUUAAAAGAGCUGGAACAGGGACUCCAGUUAAACGUGUUAGAAAAGCGAUUGAGAAAUCUGAAACUUCCUCUGAGCAUACAUGUCAGCUCUGUGGUGGCUGGUUCGAUACUAAAAUUGGAUUGUCUAAUCAUGUGCGAGGACACCUGAAGAGGCUUGGCAAAACCAAGUGGGACGCACACAAGUCUCCUAUCUGUGUUCUGAAUGAGAUGAUGCAAAAUGAAGAGAAGUAUGAAAAAAUUCUAAAGGCUUUGAACAGUCGCCGUAUUAUUCCCAGACCAUUUGUUGCUCAGAAAUUUGCAUCAAAUGAUGACUUUUUAUCUCAGAAUGUUAUACCUCUUGAAGCAUACCAUAACGGCUUAAAGACUGAAGAUAUCUCUGUGUCUGCAUCGGAGGAAGAAGGGCUGAGUUUCCUAAAUGAAUGUGAUGAAACAAAAGCAGUGCUACAUGAUGAAAAAAGAAAUCAGUCACUUACACUGAUAGAACUCCUGAAAAACAAGAGGUUAGGAGAAGAAAGGAAUCCUGAUAUUUCCCCUCAAAAGAUUCAUAAUCAAACUGCAAGAAAGAGGUUUGUUCAGAAAUGUGUUCUUCCAUUAAAUGAAGACAGUCCAUUGAUGUAUCAGCCACAAAAAAUGGACUUGACUAUGCAGUCAGCUUUAGACUGUAAACAAAAGAAGUCAAGGUCAAGAUCUGGAAGCAAGAAGAAAAUGCUGCCGUUACCUCAUAGUGCUGAUGAAGUUUACAUACUCAGAUGCAGGUUUUGUGGUCUGGUCUUUCGAGGACCUUUGUCUGUUCAAGAAGACUGGAUAAAGCACUUGCAGCGACACAUUGUCAACGCAAAUCUUCCACGGACUGGAGCUGGCAUGGUUGAGGUCACAUCACUACUUAAAAAGCCUGCUUCCAUUACUGAAACUUCAUUUUCUUUACUGAUGGCAGAAGCAGCAUCAUAGAACACAGAAACAUUUUAAAUUUUAAUUGGAUGUAAAUUUGAAAUACUUCAUUUUUUAAAAUAAAUGGCUACACUAAAUUAUGUUUAUAAAUGCUAAAGACAGAAAAUAGAGGAAGUGGAUUACAGUAACAUCAAAAUAAAUUGAAUACUUAACAGUUACAGUAAGUAGUCUUUAUAUUUUAUAUAGGGUGGAAGAUGUGUUUUUAAGGUUUAUUAUGUUUUUGUCAGUUACUGUGUUCACUAUCAAUACAAGACCAUUAUAUGUAUGGCAGCCAUUUUUAAAUUGUUGCACAUGGGUACUUAAAGGACAGAUUUUAAUAAAACAAAGAAACCACGUUCUCUUCAGUGUUACCCAAAUCAAGGUUCUGUUUAUUCCAAAA